AUGGAACUAGAGGAGAGUGCGUCGGAUUCCAAAUUAAACAAAGAUAAUACCUCGAAGAAAGAGUUACGUCCUUACAGUGCCGUAUCGUUGACCAAAUUAGAUCAUGGGCCAGAAGCUGCAUCGUCUGCCGAACAACUAAAACAAUACAAGUCUUGGGUAUCAGUGGAAAGGUGGACUGAGUUAAAGCGGAUCGCGGAGAACGCUAUGAAAGAAGGCAAAGUUUUCAUGAUAAAAUGUGGAGGAUUCUAUGCAGUCCGGCGGGCACUACUCGAGCGAGGGUGGCUUGAAAAAUAUGACUCUAACAAGGCUCGCCAUCUACCGCCAUCCAACAUAGAUCCGAGGAAACUGAACGGCAAAGAGCUCUCAAGAGUAGAACGAAUGAUUUUGUAUAAAUUCAUGGAGCAACAUUCAGUCGAUUUUCUAUGGACAACAAAAAGGGAUAGGUAUGACUGGUUGCUUAGUAACAAGGAGGUUGUAAUAAGCAGGUUUUGCAGGUCCGUUUUUACUACAAAGGAAGGUUUAACUAACUCCCUUACUCAAAUGCACUGGUAUACUGAGCCAGGAGUGGCAUUAACAAAGUUUCCACGUUCUUACAACAUACAAAACUCGGAAAACCUUGAGGAGUUUAUAGAAGAUUUUAGAAUAACGGCCUGCAUUAGCAUCCUUAAAUGGCUAUCGAGUACUAUAGACAAGAAUGGCGAGCCGAACCUCAUCUCGAACCAUGGAAGAGUUCCCUUCAGCGCAAUAGAAUUUGCCAUAAAUAGACUGAACGAAUAUAUUAUGUUUUUGACACACAAAGAUAUUGAUGUUGUUGAGGAUGAGACACAUGUUUGGGAACAUGAAUGGGACCUGUUCCUUACUCAUCAUUAUCUCCUUGUACACGAAAAGGCUAAAUUUACAGAAGACAAAAACGUGAACAUACGGCAUCUGGAAAGAAAAGGAGCCAGAAUCUUAACCACAAUGACGAAGUAUUGGCCGCAAAUAGAUAUCGACGGAGUCCUAAACAUAUGGAUUGUAAAGCCUGGCAACAAGUGCCGCGGACGAGGCAUUCAUCUCAUGAACAAUAUAAAGGACAUUAUUAGUCUUGUCAACGCACCAUGUCAGAAAACAAGAUACGUAGUACAAAAAUAUAUAGAAAAUCCUCUUAUAAUAUAUGACACGAAAUUCGAUAUACGACAGUGGUUUCUUAUAACAAAUUGUCAGCCGCUGACGAUAUGGGUCUAUAAAGAUAGUUAUCUAAGGUUUAGUUCACAAAAAUUCAGUUUAUUAAAUUACCAUGAGUCUGUUCACCUUACAAAUAAUGCUGUCCAAUCUAAAUACAAAAAUUACGGAGAUCGUAAUAAAGCCUUACCAGACGAAAAUAUGUGGGACUGUCAUACUUUCAAAGCCUAUCUCAGACAGAUCGGCAAAUAUGAGCUAUGGGAUACGAAAAUUUACCCCGAGAUAAAACAGUGUUUAAUUGGCGCAAUGUUAGCGUGCCAGGAAACAAUGGACAAACGACAAAAUAGCUUUGAACUAUACGGAGCUGACUUCAUGCUCACUGAUGACUUUACGCCGUGGCUUAUUGAAAUCAACUCCAGUCCUGAUCUAGCGCCCACUACGUCUGUGACGGCGCGAUUAUGUCCCCAGUGUUUAGAAGAUGUUAUAAAAGUUGUUCUCGACCGACGAAGUCAACCCGACGCUGAUACAGGAACCUUCGAAUUGGCAUAUAGACAAGUAGUACCAAAGGCACCGGCAUACCUGGGUCUUAGUCUAUGUAUUAAUGGGAAGCGAUUAGUGAAAAAAACUACAAAGGAACGCAAACAUCAUGUGUGCACUGGAGCUAAUCCAAUGCCGCUCCAAAUACCCACUGGUGACUGCCUACCGGAUGCUGAGCAACCAAUACCACCAGAGUAUAACGGCCCUAUAAUUACUGAUUUCCUCACUUGGUUAAACCCAUAUGACGCUUUACCAACAAACAAGGAUGGUAUUAUAUUGGGGAAUAGUAAAGAAUCCCUCAUGGUACGUCGAGCCAUCACUGUGGUCAAAUCCAAUAUCACCUUAAAAAGCGGCACAAAAAAGCGUAAAACGUCUGGAAUUUCUUCUAGGCCCCAUCGAGGAAGGCGAGAAAGAAAUGCAGAUUGUAAACGACGUAUCAUACCACAUUCGUGUUGUCGUCCUGACGACGAGCAAACUGCUAAUCAGGCCAGUAAAUAUCGGACUGUUUUAGCGAGCAAGACAGAGAAGACAAAUACUGAUAGAUCAGUCGAUGGAUCCUUUUCCCGUCCAACUCCAUGUUCCCGUUACCAUAACAUGCUCGGCGUCAGAGAUUACAGUUUUGUAUAUUACCUAAACCUUUUUAAAUGUCAAUGUCACGUCAAUAACGUAUUGUUGCGUGUCAAACUUGUAAAAUUGUACAAAAUGUAA